AUGGAGUAUGUACUACGAAGGCGUGUGCUGCAGCGCGGCUCGGGACAUCUUGAGGACCGGGUCCAAUGGCCGAUCAAUACCAGAGGGUAUUAUCUUUGGAUGGCGAAAUAUGGUGUAACACAGCCUUACGACGUUAUGUCCCUCGCGUACUUUUCCUCCAAGAACAGGGACAUCAAGACCGAAGGCGGCUCCGACUACGCCAACCAGUGGACCGAAAAGGUCGCUGAAUGGAUCCGAGAGUACAACCGGCUCUGCCGUCCUUGGAUGAACCACCCAUCCUUCCGCUCGUCUGACCCUUCCUUACUCUGUCGCCGCUGGGUUUAA